CAGUGGAUUUGAAUAGUAUUCUAGUGUGCGCUUUUGUUGCACGUGUUUACGUCGCUUGACGAAAGUGUGAUCAGUAUACUGUACAUAUAUCGUUUCACCACAAACCCUGCAAAUCUGCAGAAGGAUCUUCUGUUUUGAGGGUGAAGCUGUUGAGCAGGCAGAGAGCGUCAUGAGAAAACCAGGUUGUUUCGCCUUGUUGUGUCACUGGAAGAGGGGAUUAAACAGGUACAGACUUUGAUUUUGCUCCGUGUGUUAAUACACAGCCAUCUGAAAACAUAGGUCUCUCUCCUCCGCUACAGUCCCCUCCCUCUUUCUCUCUCUCUCUACUUCAUUGCCUUCCCUCCCUGACUACUGAUAGGGCAGACAUGGAGUCAACAGAGGAGAGGGAGGGAGGGAGAGUUACAGGGGAAGGACUGAAGUAGAAACAAAGAAUCGCUGCAGGUGUGUGGAGUUGGGCAUUCUGAAUAUCAUUAGGUUGACUGAGGGAAAGUACAGGUAGACAGUGCAUGCGUUUCCAAUGAGAUAGAGAACCCGCCGAACUUGAGUUUGGUGUAGGUUUGUCUGAUCGAACUGUUCAGUAGAUUCGUAUUAGUUGCUGGCAAAGACAUGGCCCUUCUUAACAACAGCGCACAGAGCCUGGGCUCCUACUACUGCCUGAUCCGACGCAGGUUCAAGAGAAGGCGCAAGAAACGCUCUGAACGCAAAGGUGCAGCGGGGACAAGGCUGCUGUCAGGUCAGAGCAGACCCGUCACCAUGGAUGUGGAUGAGGAGGAGAAUAUGAGUUCGAGCAGCACCGACGUUAAGGAAAACCGAAACCUGGACAACGUGUCCUGCAAAGACGGGGUGGGAGUGGCUGAACAGCUGCCCAAUGGGAGUGGUGCGGGCAGUCGAAAGCGGCCCCUCGAAGAGGGAAACAAUGGUCACGCGCACUCCAAGUUCCGGACCAAGAAACGCAAGAAAACCCCGGGGCCGGUACUGCCCAAGAACGCACUGAUGCAGCUGAAUGAAAUCAAACCAGGUCUGCAAUACAAAUUGUUGUCCCAGACAGGACCGGUUCACGCACCAGUUUUUGUCAUGACCGUGGAGGUCAACGGACAGAUGUUUGAGGGCAUGGGCCCCACAAAGAAAAAGGCUAAACUGAAUGCAGCUGAGAAAGCGCUGCGCUCCUUCGUCCAGUUCCCCAACGCGUCCGAGGCACACCUGGCCAUGGGGCGAACGCUGACGGUGAACACAGACUUUACCUCUGACCAAGCUGACUUUCCAGAUAUGCUCUUCAACGGCUUUGAGACCCCGGCUGCACCUGAAGAAUCCUUCUAUCUAGGAUCCAACGGUAGCAGCACUUUAAAUUCACUAGGCGAGUACCCGCUGCCUACACCGCCUGGCAGCAACCUCGUCCAGCCCCCACUGCCCCCUCCGUCAGCUUUCAGCUCGCCCUCCAGUGGCAAAAACCCCGUCAUGAUCUUAAACGAGCUCAGACCAGGCCUCAAAUAUGACUUUGUCUCGGAGAGCGGUGAGAGUCACGCCAAGAAUUUUGUGAUGUCGGUAACGGUGGAUGCACAGACGUUUGAAGGCUCGGGGCGCAACAAGAAGCUGGCGAAAGCCCGGGCGGCACAGGCCGCCCUCUCAGCACUCUUCAACAUGCAGCUAGACCAGACGCCGUCCCGGCAGCCCAUACCCAGAGAGGGACUGCAGCUCCAUCUACCACAGGUUCUGGCUGAUGCCGUCUCUCGCCUGGUGGUGGAUAAGUUCAGUGAGCUGACAGACAACUUCACCUCCCCCCAUGCACGACGGAAAGUCCUGGCAGGAGUUGUCAUGACAACAGGGACAGAUGUGAAGGAAGCACAGGUCAUUUGUGUCUCCACAGGAACCAAAUGCAUCAACGGUGAGUACAUGAGCGAUCGUGGCCUGGCACUCAAUGACUGCCAUGCUGAGAUAAUCGCCCGGCGCUCGCUCAUCAGGUACCUCUACACCCAGCUGGAGUUCUUCCUCAGCAACAAGGAGGACUACCCAAAGUCCAUAUUUCUGCAAUGCGACAAGGGGGGCUACAGGUUAAAGGACAACGUUCAGUUCCACCUUUACAUCAGCACGUCGCCCUGUGGCGACGCCAGGAUCUUCUCUCCACACGAAGCCGGAGUGGAAGACCAAGGAGACAGGCAUCCCAACCGGAAAGCACGGGGCCAGCUAAGGACCAAAAUUGAGUCGGGAGAGGGCACCAUCCCUGUCAGGUCCAGCAACACCAUCCAAACCUGGGACGGGGUGCUGCAGGGCGAGAGGUUACUCACAAUGUCAUGCAGCGACAAGAUCGCAAGGUGGAAUGUGGUGGGCAUCCAGGGGUCUUUGAUGAGCUACUUCACAGAGCCCAUCUACUUCUCCAGCAUCAUCCUCGGCAGCCUGUACCACGCCGACCACCUCUCGCGGGCUAUGUACCAGCGCAUCGCAGACAUCGAGGACCUCCCUCAGCAGUUCACCCUCAACAGGCCUUUACUCAGCGGGAUAAGCAAUGCAGAGGCCCGGCAGCCAGGCAAGGCACCCAACUUCAGUGUGAACUGGACGGUGGGCGACCAGACCCUGGAGGUGAUCAAUGCGACAACGGGCAAGGACGACAUGGGUCGCGCUUCGCGCCUCUGCAAGCACGCCCUCUACAGCCGCUGGGUGCGGCUUCACUCGAAGUUGUCAUCAAUAUUGCGGAUCAAGGUGUCAAAGCCCAGCUCCUACCAUGAAGCCAAGCAGGCAGCCACAGAGUACCACUCUGCCAAGCAGGCGCUCAUCAAGGCUUUCCACAAGGCCGGCCUCGGGGCCUGGGUCAAAAAGCCCAUCGAGCAAGACCAGUUCACCCUCAGCUCCUGAGGGAGCCGAGAACGGACCAAGGGAUUCCUGAACCCCCCAGUCCUGCCCCCUGACCCAGGCCUGAACGAGAGACCCUUACUAACUCUUACCUCAGUCCCACGCGUCGGCUCGCACGUGCACUUUGUAUUUGUGGAAAAUAAACGUGCGUAGUUACACAAACCAUUCACAACUCAUCUUUCUCAUUCCACAGAGAACCUCACCUUUUUUUCAUAAUUCGUGUCUCUUCAUUGAUUUUAAUGAAUGUUUUCCUCAACCUGGUUUUUUCAUCCUGUGUGUUGUUUUUAAUGUUUUAAAACUGGAAUGGCUUUUACUUUGCUCAGUAUGUUUCUCAGAAACGUCACAUUUUUAAGUGUCUGUUUUCUCGAUCAGUCAGUGUAGCCAGAUUAGGGUUAAAUGUAGCCUAGGAAAUGUAUAAAACAAAUGUGUAUGGACCUAAAAAAAUAUUAACUUAAAGAUGCAGAGAUGGUCAGGAUGUAAAUCUAGUGCUGAAUAGAAAAAAAACCUAACAGUUAAAACAUUUAAUCUGUCAUUUGGUCCACUGCUUAGAUGACACUACGUGUUCUUAGUUCCUGUAUUAAAGAUGAAAAUGUUGCAAAUUCCUGUGACCCCGUUUGAUUGGCUGACUGCUAGGAACGUCCAGCGCGGGCCAGGUGACGCAGCAGCUCAGCACGCCAGCAGAUUUUCCCCGUAUUCAUUCAUUCACACAUACACACUCUCCAAGUUAUUUUCCGUCACCUUCAUUUCAUACUUGAACAAUCGGGGGAGGGGUCAUGUUGACUCCUGCCCUCGCCUGGGUCUUGGGACGAGCUUUGGGAGGUGCUGCACGUUGUAUCUUUGGGUUUCUUUUUCUUGAUCUAAGCCAUGGCUUUGCAUGGAAACUGAACUGGGACCCCCUGCAGAGCAGAGAGCACGUGGUGGAGAGCCUCGUGCGUCCAUCGGUGAAUGAUUUUGAAUGAAUGCCAGCAUCUUUCUCCACAGGCAGCUUUGAAUCUUUGUCUCUGUUUUUUAGAUUUCUUGUGAUUGAUUGAUUGUUUGUUUUUGUGGGUGACACAGGGAAGGUCCCAUCCCCCUUUUUUUGUUAAGAUGGGGCAUUGGAGCAUAGGGGAUAAUACUCCAGUAUUUUCAGCAGGAAUCCUGAAUAGCUGUUAGCAGAACUAUAACCUUGUUUUUUGUACUGUAAUUCUAAAUGCAGUAGUUAAAGUUACAGUCACUUGAUGCCACAUUACAUCAGUCAGUGAAGACUCCAGUUACAAACACAUUGUAGAGCCUCCACAUACAGUAGUUCUCUCGCAAACACCUACAGUACAGUCUGUGUAUGGACAGACUCCAACAUGGUAAAGUACUGUAGGUCACACCCAAGUCAACGUCUCCUCUAUUCUGCACCUGCUCCACAAAACAUGUUCCACGGUCCAGGGGGAGGUUUUGCGAUUGGACUUGACACUGUAACCACCGUGGAUUCCUGCCCUGAGCGGAGGGAAACGUGUGUGAGAAUGUGUGCGCGCGCGCUCAGGCAUCUAUAAGCUUAUACUCUGUGGAUCUUCACCAAAGAUGAUGAUGUCCUUGUGCAUUUCUGACCCAGUAUUUUUCUUACAAAAGCUCUUUCUUUCAAAAUCUCGCUCAUUAUUUUCUGGAAUUAACCCUUUCCUUGCUGAUUUUUGUAUCUCCACUGGACUUUUCUUUUUAAAUCUGUACAAAAGCUCUGUAUUCCAAUCUAUUGGGGGGGGUUGAAUUGUCAGGCUUCUCUAGUGAAUCUGUAGCCGUCGGUGGCCACGUGUUUCUUGUGACCUGUGAUCAUUAUUGCUGCAGUGUCGUAGCUUUGUGUAUAUAAGGAACAGCAGAAACAACCAAGUCCUGUUCCCUGUACAAUCGGUUCAUCUCAAACCUCUUGCAAACUGUUCUAGACCUUUUUUUUUUUCCUGUUGCUGGGAUUGUGAAGGUGUUAAUGUUCCAAAGUAAGUGGUUCUGUGUGAUUUUUACCAGGCACCAUGAAGCAUGGCACCAACACUGCCGGGGUUAUUACAGACCUUUUCCUCAUUGUAGCCACCCAUGUUUGAAAAACACAAAAAAAAUAUGCAUUGUAAGGUGCCUCAGCUCCAUGUGGCAUCCACCAGCCGGCACGUGCGUGUCGUACAUGUAUCUUUUUCACCUAUACUUGGCUGUUUUCUGAGUAUGUGUUAGAAGAGUUGACUUGAAGCUGGAACAAAAAAAAAAUAAUCACAGAACAGUAGCUUCCAGUGCCCCCUGACAAAUAGACCCAGACCAAAGUCACAAGCAAUACUCCUGAUGUCUCCUCUAAUGUCACUCCAUCACAAACAGGAGUGUGAAUGAGGUUUCCCCACUCCCCUGCUGCUCAUUCACUCUUUGUUCUUCUCCCUUCCCACAAAGCUGUCUGACUUGUUUUUGUAUAUUUCCUUCCUAAAGACUGCCUGCUUCUAGACUUUUUUGAUUUUCUUUCAACUGCACUAAAGAUGUCAACUGAUGAUGUCAUGAUGAAAAAAAACAAAACAGCACCUGUCCCCCUCCCUCCCCCCGUUUAUGGACCGGGUGGGAACGAUCGGAGCAAAAACUGAAUUGCGUCUGCUCAGCCCUUUUUGAAUCCACAACAACGGUCAGUGACCCCCGACCUUUGACCCCCGGCCUCCUGCUCCAGCUGCAUCUGUAGUGGGUUUUUUCCUACCUGUUGGUUUGUUCGGUGGUUCCAGAGUGGACGGCGUCGAUCCACUCUGGGUUUCAGAGCCACUUCUCCCACUUCUCCCCCUCAGCAGUUGUCCGAUGUGUGAAGACCACCGACGCCACCAACAAAAAAACACAACCUUGCAUGUACCACCAACACUGAAGCUGCACCUAGCAUGACGACAAACUUUUAAAGGACUCGUGUAGAAAAAAAAUCAUAAAACAGCUAAAGAGAGAUAAAAUAAAUAAAAAUAAAAGAGUUCUUAGUUUA